GUCUUCCUAGGUUACUCAGGUAUCGGGAUUGAACACUGCGUCGAAAUGACUUACCAAAUACCAAAAGCGAUCGCCAUUGGGAUUUUUGUUACGUCAGAACAGCUCUACGAUGUAUCAAUAACACUUUUCACCCGCAGGCUAAUUGGAGCCUUCGUAGAUGUGUUGGGACACGCGUGUAUUAUCACGUGUCUUACCUUUGGCAGUCUGAUGACAAAACUAAAUAGAUUCGAACUUCGUCGCCAGAAAGUCAGGAUAAUGGCUACGGAAUACGACGAUGUUCCUCUAGAAUUGUCCUCUCUAUCGAAAUGUUGAUUUUUCCCAAUUGCAAGUUAUUCAACAUUUUUUCAUCACUGAUUUUUUACUGAUCGUGAGACGUACCGAGGAUCGAUGUUUCAAAUGAUAGUUAUAAUACAUGUACUCUCUAUUCCUCAAUGUCACGUCAUUUCAGAACGAAGCUACGUUGCACUACAACUUAGUGACAAUAUUUAUCGAAUAUCGACCAUCGAUGUUUUAAUUACCAUCGUAGCAGACAUUGGACUAAGUAUGCUCUCGGUUUGUCCAAUAUUGUUGGGGAAAUAUACAUAUAUACAUACAUAUGUAUAUAUUUGAAUGUUUCAACAGCAGAGAAAAUAUUGUUUUAUGACACAUUGGGCAAACUAUUUCUGGGCGUUCAGACAUGCAGUGUUUAUUCAUACUGAAUUCUGCGGGUUAUAACGAAAAUAAUACGCUUUCGCAUUCGUGAUGCAAUGUAUAACCGUCAAUCGAUAUCUUAUCUCCAUCCAGACUAAUAUUGACGCCAAGAAAUAUGUGCACCUCUGUUAUGAAAACUGUCGAACAAUUUUUAUUGUGCAACUCAUAUUAAAUAGCCAAGAUUACAAAACGUAUCGAGUCACGGGCUUAUCGUUCAAUUAAGUGAAAACUGACGAUUUGUUAAAUACGUUUAUUCAUGUUGCCUUAUUGCUAGGUCCCAAAACGCAGUCUGAUGCUUGUCGAUGUCGGGCUAAUCGAAAGCGUUCGUUACUUGGCACAUCGACGAAGCGACUAUCACUUAGAAAUAUAAUCGUUACACAGCUGUAUUUGAUUAUGAAAACUACGUGGGAAAGAUAAAAACAUUUUGUCUCUCGAAGAAACAUACGAUAUUUCCAUCUUAUUACAAACCAGAAAGCACAGGCGAUGCGUGUAAUAUGAAAGAGAAUUAAAAGGUCGAAGGAUCUCAUCAAUGCCUCUUCUCGAAAGAGACGUCGUUUAAAACUCAAAAUACUUAUCUCCACUAUCAGACUCGAUAUAAACACGAUAAGUGAAGUGAAUAGUGACAGUGAUAGUGGAGUUAACACGCAGAUGGUGACCGCGGAACGUAACGAGAAUAUCGUCGAAGAUCGCGAUCUUCUAUCGCAGCGUCACAGACUUGUGAUAAAGCCGGUCGUGUCUGAAUUUGUCGAAAUGCAGCCUGACGAAAAGCUGCCGAAAAUCGUUGGUAACGCAACCGAAAUCAAAGUUUACCCUAGACGAUGGCUCCAACUCGUUCUCUUCAUCGUUUUCAGUACGGCGAACAACUUGCAGUGGUACCAAUACACCAUCAUCAACAACAUUGUAAGCCGGUACUACAACGUUUCUUCACUGGCCAUCGAUUGGACCUCGAUGAUUUUUAUGGUGACCUACAUGGUCGUCAUUUUUCCGGCUUCCUACAUAACCGACAGAGUCGGUUUACGGUGGACCGUUGUUUUCGCAUCGACCCUCACCUGCAUCGGGGCUUGGUUGAAGGUUCUUUCGGCCUCUCCGGAUCGCUUCAUGGUCACCUUCACAGGCCAAAUCCUGGUUGCGGUUGCCCAGGUCUUCAUCCUCCCUGUACCAGGGCGACUAGCGGCCUACUGGUUUGGACCAAAGCAGAUCGCCCUGGCGACGGCUUUCGCCUGCGCCGGCACUCAUGUCGGAUUCUCAAUCUGUUUCCCGACCGUGCCAGUCCUUGUAAAGAAUCACGAUAACAUCGAGGACAUUGGAAAAGACUUAUACAAGGUUUUCUGGGGGAUAGCUCUGUGCUGCAGUGUCAUUGUCGUGGCCAUAAUUUUCCUUUUCAAGGAUGAGCCGUUACUGCCGCCCAGCGAUGCGAGGGCGCUUCAGAAACUGCACAAAGAAAGGUCUCCCGAAGGAUUUUGGCCACCUGUGAAAAGGACACUGUGCAACAUAGACUUCAUUCUCCUGUGGAACUCGUACGGUAUCAUAAUGAGCGUUUUAGGAGCCACGAACACCGUGUUGAACUCUUUAUGCCUCGCUCACUUCAAGAACGGUGAACAAAUCGCUGGUAAUCUGGGCUUGUCCAUCGUUGGCACGGGAGGCUUGGGCACGGUGUUCCUGGCCAUGAUACUCGACAAAACAAAGGCAUUCAGAAUCAUCCCCAUAGCCAUCGGAAGUCUCGCUCUACUUACGGAAGUCUUGUUCGCGAUCAGUUUUUCGUUAGAAGUCCAAUGGAUGGUUGUGGUCACCGGGAUGAUGCUCGGAACUUUCCUCGUCGGUUGGGCCAGCUUGGGUUUCGAAGUCUGCGCGGAGACUACUUAUCCCGAACCCGUAGGCACGACAGUAGGGAUUCUCAACAUUUCCAUACAGAUUUACGGCACAUUGAUGGUGCUGAUCGUCCGCAGGCUGAUAGAAACAUACGGCGACAGGGCUGCGCAUUAUUGUCUCAGUGCAUCUCUGCUUAUCGGAACGAUCCUGAUCGCCUCAACCAGGGGCAACUUCCGGCGGCAGAAUGCCGAGCGAAUCGCCAAGUACAACCCCGUCGCACUUCAGGAAUUCCCAAAACCCGAGAAGCAAUAAAUUUUGCAUCUCGCGUGAUAGUUGAUUACUACAAGUUUAGUUUUUUUUCCUAUUUUUUUUUUUUUAUUUGUGCCCCUGAAUUUUAUACAGUAAGAAAUCCCACGUGGAAUGUUGAUUCACUGUGUGGGAAAGCGAUAGAUUCAGGUACGUUAGAAUUUUUUUCAUUGGAAUGACAUAGGACUUGUCGCAAUUUGCGGUUUUCAAUAUUUCUUACGAAAAUCUCUACAACGAUCAUUGAUUGUCAUACGAAUAUAAGUAUCAAGUUUACCAGAUUUUAGAAUUUUUCUGACGCAGCGCAUCGACAGGAAAAAAAAAAAUAACUGCCAAGUGUCAAAAGUCCUACGUUAUUGAAAUGGAAAACUGAAAAUACUCGGGGAUAG